AUGACGGACGCCAUUGACGUGACGACGUACGCGGACGACAGGGCCCUCGGCCAACUCGCGCCGUCGUUGGAGAAACUCGAGCCCAUCCGCGGCGCGAAGGUGGCAAUUGAGGGCGGCAAGGUGUAUGUCCUGUACUUCUUCAACACCUUCUACCGCGGCGCCGACCCCGUCAACGAGGAGCUGACGGUCCUCUCGGAGAAGUACGGCGACAGGGUGGUUUUUGUUGCGAUCAGCAACGACGCGGACAAGGAAAAGACGGAGAAGUACCUCAACAAAACCAUCGUGGACGAGAACACGAAGAAGCCGCUGCGUCUUGCACCGCCGUACAUUCUCUUUGAUGAAAAGAAGGCAACCGGCAAGACGUACGCGGAGGCGUCCAAUCUUACCGUCAUGUCGUGCCCAAUGGCAUUCAUUGUGGGGGCCGACGGCAAAAUCGCGUGGCGCCAGCAGUUCCUGCAGACAUUCACCAUCUCGCAGUCGAACUUUGAGGCGCAGCUCAACCACGUGCUGGCGGGCGAGGCGCUUGAGAGCAACGGCCCACGACCCGUCGUGCAGGUUGAGGAGGAGGCUGUGGAGGUUGAGGAGGAGAUGUCGCUCUUCUGA